UCGUAUAAAUAUUUAUAAAUUAAAACCACUUUACUUAGAGAAUUCACUUCGGACUUUAUGUACUAAAUAUUUUAACUGCCGAGUUUUAAUAGUGACCGAAGAUACCCGAAGUUAUUUAUCUCACUAGUCUGAAUUUAUAUUUUGAGAUUAAAUUCGAAUUUAUAAUAAUCUAGCCUCAUAAUACCACUCAAUGUCUUGACUUAUUCAGUAGUAUAUUUUAAAAAAUCAAAGCCGGCUUUUGUCUGACAAAAUAAUUAAAUACAAACUACGUAAGCAAAUUUAAAUUAACUAAACAUAUUAUUAAAUGAAAUAGCUUUCUCUCACUCCAAUGUAGAAUCGACAAACUAGGACAGACAGCUUUGCGAUAUAAUCGUUUUAACUUCUCUUCGUUUCGUAUCUAAGUUAUAUAUAUAUAUAUAGCAGCAGGUAACAAUAUGUUACGACCAAUUCUGUAUUUUGGUAAAUGGAGCCCACCAAGUUCUGCUGUUCGUAUGACUGCCAAGGCCAUUGGAUUGGAUUUAAAUCUACGUGAAAUAAAUUUACUUAAUAAAGAGCAUAUUAGAGAGGAUUAUCUCAAAAUAAAUCCACAACACACUGUUCCAGUACUAGAUGACAACGGUUUUGUUGUUUCGGAUAGCCAUGCAAUAAGUACGUAUAUGAUUGAUAAAUAUGCAUAUAAUGAAAAUCUUUAUCCGAAAGAUUUGAAAAAACGUGCUGUUGUUAAUCAACGUCUCCAUUAUGACGGUGGUGUACUUUUUUGUUGUUUACUAGGAGCUAUGAAACCACUAGUUCGUGGUUGGAGACGAACGGUCUCACCAGAAUCUCUGGAAUAUCUGGAAGAAGCUUAUAAAUAUAUGAAUACUAUUCUAGAAGGAAAAAAAUGGCUUGCCGGUGAUUCUUAUACACUUGCAGAUAUCAGUUCUAUUACAACUGUCAGCAGUGUUACUGUUUUCAAAUCGAUAAACGAUCACCCUAAUUUAUUAAAGUGGAUGGAAGAUUGCGAACAAUUACCAGGAUAUGCAGACAUCGCCGUUCCAGGAAUAAAAGAAUUUCACGAUAUCGUUAACCAAUUUCUUGAUAAAUAAAAUAACAAUUUUUGUAUAUAAAUACGUCAUUUAAAUUUAUUUUAAAUAAAUAAUACCAUCGGUGUGGGUAUUUAAUCUUCCACUGAAGUUCCACGUAAUACAAAAGAUGGCGACACAAUAUCAAUUUUAAAACGCGAGCGUAAAUUUUUAUUUUAUCCCUACAUAUAUAUAUAUAUAUUUAUUUUAAUUGGCUACAAGUUAUGCAAUACUAAUUUCAAUAAUCAGCUAAUAAAUGAUAACUGAUAUCAUGACUAAGCACUUUAAUUGAGGACUUUAGUCCUUCGACAUUCGUCAUGUAACUCGAGGUAGAUCUUCCUCAGUAAAAAAAAAUAAAAUUCCAAGUGACACUAUCGAGAUGAAUUAUAUAUUUCUAUUGUGUUGUGAAAAUAAAAAUGAAUUAUGAGAAUCUUCAGA